AUGACUGAUAAACUCCCCCCCAAUCUCCUGGCGCUCUUUGCGCCUCGCCCUGCCUUGCGAUGGGUAGCACCUGCGGACCACGCGCCAGAAGAGCGAAAGACCGCGAAUAUCAGCGGCCUUGCUGCUUUCCUUCCUCAACUCCAAGAAAAUAAGGAUAAAGACAACUAUGUUCCUACGGAGAGCUGGCUACAGAGGAAAGACCGCCUCAAGAUGGAGAGAAAGGAACAGCAGGAGAAACUGCUGAAGGAGGGACCUGUCUCCUAUAAACCUCAGGAUGAUCCUAAUAUUCGCGGCGACGCAUUCAAGACACUUAUUGUUGCGCGCCUAAGCUACGAUGCUACUGAACAAGAUCUCGAAAGCGAAUUUAGCCGAUAUGGCCCUAUUGAAAGAAUUCGCAUCGUUGUCGACACGCAUCAAGCCGAAAAGCCAAACAAGAAGAAGAAGAAGCACCGUGGUUACGCAUUUGUUGUCUAUGAGCGAGAGAAAGAUAUGAGAGCUGCUCUAGAAAAUUGUGACGGAGUACGAAUCAAGGACCGCCGCAUCAAGGUAGACGUUGAACGCGGCAGAACUGUCAGGGGUUGGAAACCUCGCCGAUUUGGAGGUGGACUCGGAGGCCGCGGAUACACGAAAGCAGUUCCUCCUCGACCCAUGGGACCAGGUGGUUUCGGCCCUCCUGGAGGGCCAGGCGGACCAGGCGGCUUCAGAGGUGGUUUCCGAGGCGGCUUUGACGGUGGCCGAGGCCGCGGUGGUUUCAGGGGAGGCUUCCAAGAACGAGGGGGCUAUGGUGGAGGUGGUGGUGGAAGAGGAGGUAUUGGUUACCGGGGAGGAUUUGGAGGAGGUGAUCGUGGUGGGUAUGGCGGGCCUAACGGACACGGCGCGCCUCCUCCGAAUGCACCAGCCGGUCCAGGUGGCCGAGGUGGAGGGGGAUACAGCAAAGGAGGAUAUGGCGGUUCCGGUUCCCCAGAUCGAAAUGGUCCUGGUGGGUAUGACUCACGUGGUAGCGGUCGCUCAUAUGAUGACAGAUCUGGCGGCCCUCGUGGCAGUCGAGGUUAUGGUGAUCGUGAUGGCCCCCCACCCCGUGGAAGUGGCAGCAAUAUGGAGCCGGUAAGACCAAGAGAUGGACCAAGGGAUGGACCAAGAGAUGGCGGAUACCGAGACCGGGACCGAGAUGGAGGGUAUGGUGGCCGACGCGACGACGAUUCACGGAAGAGACCUUACGACAGCAAUGGCUACGACGAAGACCCUCGAAAGCUGCGAAGGUACUAG